AUGCCCACCACAUCGGUGAGCGGAUCGCGGGAUCCCUCCUUUAUUAGCCCGUCCCAACCAAGAGAACGCUGCGUCCGAAUAAUCUUUUCUUUGCUCCUUGUGUGCGGCACUGCCGUCGCUAUUCACACCACCCUGGACACCAUCGUCCUGAAGCAGACCCGGCGGACAUUUUCAACCUGGUUCAACAACAUACCCUCCGACAGUCGGCCGGAAGAUACAGGAACCAUGGGAGAGUCUUUCUUCUGCAACUCGUCGGCCUGCCGAGACAUGGCGGAGAAGAUGGUGCACAGUUUAGACAUUUCCGGCGCUCCCUGCAACGACUUGUACCAAUUCGUCUGUGGCAAAUGGAAGAAGGAGCACCCACUGCACGCAUUACAACAACGCGUGUCCAUUGAUCACGAACUGGUUCGUUUCUACAUCGACAAAGUUAAAGACACCCUUAACAAGCCAAACAUCAUUCCUGCUGCGUCCUUCGCGUAUGAGUACUGUAAGACGGGGAAUGGUUCUCUAUUUCGGGGACUAAUACAUACGCUGCUGUACACAACCGGGUUGGAGAACUGGCCCUACACGUCCAGUUCCGUCCGGGAUAUGAGCAAGGCAGAGGUAUCUUAUAAAAUUGGCACCGUGCACCGUGAAUUGGGCUUGGACUCCUUCUUCAAGUUUGACGUCGCUGCAUAUAAAGGCUAUGGUAAGAUAAUAACAGUGGAACAACCACACUUAAGAAAACGCGUCAAUGCCGAAUAUUCUGCGGUGAAAUAUGCCUUCGAAGGUUUAGCAGGGUCGACGGGAAGGUACGAAGAUGCGCUAGGGAUUGAGAACAAGAUAGCGUCCUGCCUGGAAACUUGGGAAGAUUGCUCUCUGGGAGGCUAUUGUAAAAUUGUACAGAUAUCCAAGUUACCGGCACUAGAAUUCAUCGACUGGACGUCACUGAUUCGUGGUCUGUUUGGAGCGGACCUGGAGUGGAAUUCACCGAUCCUAGUCAAGUCUCCCACGUAUCUCUUGAAUCUCUUCAAAGAUUUCGAACCAAAGAACGAAGAUAUAUUGAACUAUCUGGUAUUUCGUAUCAUGCUGUCUGUCUUCCCACUUAUCACGGACCAAGACAGAUUUGACAAGUUAUCCGAAUGGGUUGUGCGUGGAGAUCCGGACCGACCUCUGCAACCGAGCCGAGAAGAUCAGUGUUUGAGUUUCGUCAACCAGGUCGAACCGUACGUCCCGAUGAUGUUGGCUAGGGACGUCGGAGAGACGCGCGUUUCCGCUAGUUUCAUUCAAGAAGUCCUGCAGAAUCGUCUUCGGGAAGCUUUCCUGAAAUAUGUCCGACAGAGCAUCGCGCUCCCUUCGGCUGAGGAAUUUUUUGAACGCGUCCAGCGGAUCUCGUGGCAGUUCUUCUACCCGACUGACCUUAAAAACCUCACCUUUCGCACGAAAUAUAUGGACGAAAUUUACACGGGCAACGCGCGGUCACCACUCAUGUAUUUUUACUAUUACUACAUCAGGAACUCUGUCCGCAAACGCAGAGUACCCUUCGACCCGUCACCGAAAGACGUGUGGAUUUCCUGGACGGCAGACCUGUUCAGCGCUUGGGUCCACAUCUACGAAGCGGUCAUUCAAAUUCCCACGGCGUCCUUCGACUUAUUUCUACCUAAAGAUCCCAUUACUAAUCUCUUUCAUAUUCCUCGCGCUGGGUACAGGAUCCUUCGAGCUCUCUUCGUGUUCCUCUACAAGUAUACAGGCAAGACUGAAAGCGUAAAGGAAACGGAAAGAUGCUUGGCGAACCAGUACCUGCAAACUCACCGGCCGUUCGACCAGACCGCGGCAGAAGCAACUGCUUCGGAACUGCUCUUCGAUGUUCUUUCUGUCCGCGUCGCGUUAGAGUUCUUCCGCGGCGAAAUGAAAAAUGUGGCUAGUGAAGUAAGGCUGAACGGAGCACCGUCGUACUCUACAGAUCAGCUGUUUUUCAUUCGGUUCGCCACGUCUUUUUGCGAGAAUGUUGCUCCGGAAUACGCCACCGGCGAGGGAAAGUUUGGAAAAAGUCCCGCAUCGCUUAGGGUCAAUGCAGUACUGAGGAAUGUCCCAGAGUAUGGCCAAGCGUUUCAGUGCAAUUCCACUUCCCUCAUGACUACAAGACACCCGUGUAUUGUAUGA